AUGCUUUCUACCUUCAGGACCCUUCCUCGUCGUUCUCCCAGUCUUACGCGAUGUUUUACACAGACUCACAUCUGUGCUUCGGGACACAACAAAUGGUCUAAAAUCAAGGACAAGAAGGGUGCCGCAGAUGUGAAAAAAUCUAAUGUAUACGCAAGGACGGGUCGAGAUGUUAUAGUUGCUAUUAGAACUGGAGGUUCUGCAGAUCCUACCGUAAACCACGCACUAGCAAAUGUCUUAAAAGCCGCAAGAGCCGCGGGUGUUCCAAAGGAUAACGUUGAAAAGGCUAUAGCACGAGCGACGGGGGAGGCAGGAAAAGAAGCUAGUGUGCAUGUUGUGCACGAGGCAAUGGUUUCUGGAAGUGUUGCCGUUGUAAUAGAAUCUAUGACUGAUAAUGGAACGCGGACAGUUCACCGACUACGCGAAAUAUUAAAUGAUUACGGCGGACGCUUUGCCCCUGUCAUGUUUAUGUUCGAUAAAGUCGGGCGUGUGCAAGUUAAGGUACCUGAGACCGAUGAUCGUGACUCUCAGAUAGAAGCUAUAUUGGAAGCUGCUAGCUCCGCCGGCGGAGAGGACUUUGAGGUCCUUGAAGAUUCAAGUAUCGUGGAGUAUUUCUGUCCUCCGGAAUCAUUAGAAGCGAUGACCAAAGCCAUCUCGGUAGUAUCGGGGGGUGAGGCUGUGGUUUCCAGCGAAUAUAUCUACCGAGCGAAGGAUGCGCCAGGAGAAAUCGAUGACAGUCUAGAGGAAAAUGUCAUUGAACUGAAGAACGCGCUGCUCGAAAGACACGGCGAUUGCGUGCGCGUCUGGACCACGAUCGACCGUAGAAUCCAAACAGGGGACGGGGAAUAGGAGACAGGAGUCGUUCGUUUGUAGUAGAAUAGAUAAUAAAUAAUUCCGUAAUAUCU